CAUCUGCUCGGCAGAAUGAAGCCCCCUCAGGCCCCGUCUCCUCGAGGGUGUCCGGACCCGCCUGGGCUGUCCCCGACCCCCGCCCCGUCCCAGGGCCGAACCCUCCGGCUCCGGGCACGCCCCGAGCGCCGCUCCCGCCUCCCCGCCCGCCCUCGGCCCCGCCCGGCGCGUUCCGGCCCGGCCAUGGCGGGAGAGGGCGAGGAGGAUCUGGCGGCCUUCGUGGCCCUGCACGGGGCCGCGCUGCGCGCAUCGCGGGUCCCCACGCAGUACUGGGAGAGCCUGAGCCGCAAACUGCGCGGAGAGAUAUUUGAUGCCGGUGACUACUUUGGAAUAAUGCAAGUAGAAGAGGUGGAUGAGGAGGAAGAAGGUGAUGAAGAAAUGGAAGAACAAUUUAAAAAGCCAAAUCCUGGAAAUGGACCUUGUUUCAAAGUUAUUGUAACAAAUGAGAAUGGCCUUCAAGCCUCCAAUCCCAACAGCGUGUUCCUGGUGGACCACGCGUGGACGUUCCGCGCGCAGCACGCGCGGCAGCAGCUGCGCCGCGUGCCCGGCCUGCUGCACAGGAUGGCCAACCUCAUGGGCGUGCCCUUCCACGGAGAGCUCCCCGACGAGGGCAGCGUCGAGCAGGUGCUGCAGGAGAUGUGGAAGUACAACCAGACCUACCAGCUCUCUCAAGGGACUGCAGAGGAGAAGGUUCCUGUCUGGUACAUCAUGGAUGAAUUUGGAUCGCGCAUUCAGCAUUCAGACCAGCCGAGUUUUGCAGCAGCACCUCUGUUUUAUAUGCCUCAACGAAUUGCUUACACGGUUCUCUGGCCUUUGAGAGACCUUGAAACUGGUGAUGAAGUCACUCGUGAUUACGCUCACGGGGAGACGGAUCGCCUGAUCAGGAAGUGUGUUCUGUUGCCUUGGGUGCCUGCUGAACUGUUGGAUGUCAGCUGUUCUACUCCAGAGCCACCAGAUGAGCAUUACCAGGCAAUUUUAGCAGAAAACAAGGAAAAACUUCCUGUAGCGAUAAAUCCACCAGUUUAUGCCAAAGACAAAGUUUUCAAGGUUUUCACAGACAUUCAGCAAGUCCUCAGCAACCUGACACAUCCCCGUUUUGUAUUCACAGACAACGAGGGAGAAGCAGACAUCCUCUACAACUUCUCACACUUCAAAGAUUAUAGGAAGCUGAGUGAGGAGAAGCCUGAGGUGAUGGUGAACCAGUUCCCCUGUGAGAACCUCCUGACUGUCAAAGACUGCCUGGCAUCCAUUGCCAGACGAGCUGGAGGACCAGAUGGGCCCCGGUGGUUGCCUCGGACUUUCAACCUCCAGACAGAAUUGCCUCAGUUCAUCAGCUACUUCCAGCAGCGUGACAGAAGAGGAGAGGACAAUCACUGGAUAUGCAAACCAUGGAACCUGGCCAGAAGCCUGGAUACCCACAUCACCAACAACCUGAACAGUAUCAUCAGGCACAGGGAAAGCAGCCCAAAGGUGGUGUGCAAGUACAUCGAGGAGCCGGUGCUGUUCGAGCGCGACGAUGUGGGGCAGGUGAAGUUCGACGUGCGCUACGUGGUGCUGCUGCGCUCCGCCCGGCCCCUGCGCCUCUACAGCUACGACGUCUUCUGGCUGCGCUUCUCCAACAGGGCCUUCUCGCUGGAUGACUUGGAUGACUAUGAGAAGCAUUUCACUGUCAUGAAUUACGCUCCUGGUGUGACAUUGAAACAGGUGCACUGUGAAGACUUUAUUCCUCUGUUUGAAAAACAAUAUCCUGAAUAUCCUUGGACAAUGGUACAGGAAAGUAUUUUUAAGGCAUUUGCUGAAUUGUUCGAAGCUGCUUCAUCCAAACCUGCCCCUCUCGGCAUCUGUGAUUAUCCAUCAUCAAGAGCAAUAUAUGCCAUUGACUUGAUGCUUAAGUGGGACACCAGCAGAGAUGGGAAAAGAAUUAUGCAGCCUCAGAUCUUGGAGGUGAACUUCAAUCCUGACUGUAACAGAGCCUGCCAAUACCACCCUACGUUUUUUAAUGAUGUCUUCAGCACGCUGUUUCUGGAUGAAACGGACAACUGCCAUGUGACACGCAUUGUCUAACCACAGGAGACUCCAUCGAUUUCCUUCUCAGAUAUGCUCAACAGCAGGAUCUAUAUUUCAGUUCUAUGAGCUGCUGAUGCAACUGUUUUCCUAUACUGAUAACCAGGGAACAAAAUUGUAUCAGAAGAAUAUGCAUAUACCAUAUACUGUAUUGAUAAUCCCUUUGUCUGCAUUGUCCUCGUCUUGCUUUGUUCUUUCUGUAAAUCGUUGGUGUGUGUUGACAAAGUGUCUUGUUUAUUGAAUAUUGGAGACCUCAGAGUAGGACUUGUUUUUCAGGUAGCCUGAUUGCUUGCUUGCUGGGAAACAUUGCACAAGUUUCCUUGUGUCAACAUUAAAACUAUAAUUUACUGAAUCA